AUGUGGACAACGACACCACACAUUGCUGCAUUAUCCGUCCCAACCACAGACCCGUCCAAUACAAAAUGCUACACUACAAAACACCUCAUCACUGGCAAUCGAACCAGCACUCAAUCUGAACAGCAAUUGCCAACCUAUUCAAAUGCUUCACAACGAAGCAUUUUGCUAGCAACGGCACGAGUGAUUAUCUUCAAUCCUGAUAACGGUCUGCAAGCUACCCUCAACGCUCUCAUAGACCAGGGUUCCGAAGCUACGAUAGUCUCCGAACAUGUUGUACAAUCUCUACAUCUAACACGCACCUCCAUUGCUGGUGUCGGCCAAGGGCUGUCGUUGGCAGACCCCCAGUACUACCGGCCAAAGCGGGUAGAUUUGAUAAUAGGCGUUGACCUAAUGGCACAAAUCAUAUUGCCAGGCAUAAAGGUGGGAGCGCCAAACGAACCAAUUGCUCAAAACACUCAACUAGGCUGGAUCUUGUCCGGCAGGACACAGCCCCCACGUGAAGCAACUCAUGUCGUAUGCCAUCAAGCAGUUUUGGACACUGAAUCACUGUUAAAGCAAUUCUGCGAGGUUGAAUCUGUUCCGGAACGCCGACUAAACACAGCUGAGGACGUUUGGUGUGAAACAUUUUUUCAGCAAACGCACAAAAGACAACCAACGGGCAGAUACAUGGUUCGACUGCCAUUAAAAACAAUUUUCGACCCCUCGAUGACCUUAGGUAAAUCGCACCAAAUAGCACUAAACCGCUAUCUCCAACUAGAACGCCGUUUAACCAAAACUCCCGAGGCUUGGCAACGUUACAGUGAUGGUAUAAAAGAAUAUUUCAAACUUAACCAACUCGCACCUGCAACAACUAGCGAGAGGCAAUCUACUACGGUAAGUGACUCGCAACAUCACUGUUCUUCUUGUGUAUUGCCACAUCACGCAGUCUACAAAGAAGAGAGUCUCUCAACCAAACUGCGUAUAGUUUUUGAUGCCUCGGCGAAUACCAGCAAUGGAAGAUCCCUUAAUGAUAUAUUAUGUGUUGGUCCCACCUUACAAAACGACAUGUCAGCGGUUAUAUUAAAUUGGCGCCAAUAUCGGUAUGCUUUCACCGCGGACAUACAAAGGAUGUACCGAUGUAUUGACGUUCAUCCAGAAGACUCGGAAUACCAGCGGAUUUGA